CUCAAAUAAAUAUACUGUAUGUGCCAAAAUAUUGACACAGAUGUACAAAGCAAAAAAUAAUUAGAUUUAUUAUUUUAUUUCCAUUAGCAUGGGGGGAAAACAAACUUUCAUGAGUCAGAUGGAGGUUUUCACUCCUUAAAAAAACAUUUUGGGGUUGAAAAAAUAGCUAAUACUUAAAUACUAUUCAACGUUCCUGUAAGUUUGAGUCCGAAAAUGUUUUUAAAUAAUAGUAAUUUUUGCUCAUUUUCAUGAAGGGUGCCAGAAAUUCUGGAGGGCAUUGUAUAAGGUAAGAUAAAGUAAUAACGUUGAACCUAACAUUGACCUUUUUUGUAAUGUUUAAUACUGUAUGUAUUCAGUUCAGUGAAUUUAAAUAUUAGAUCCAUCCGUACAUUUUCCUGGAAAUCAGCCAACGCAUGUCUUUGGACUGGGGGAGGAGACCGGAGUACCCAGAGGAAACCCUCUAAAGCACAAGGAGAACAUGGAAACUCUGUGCACACAGGGUGGAGGUGGGAUUCGAACCCCCAACCCAGAGGGGCAAGGCAAACAUGCUAACCCCUAAGCCGCCAUGCCCCCCAAAUGUUUGAUCAUGUUGAAAAAAAAAAAAAUACAUGUCCUGACUGACUUUCAGUUCAAAUGAUUUCCUUUUCACUAAUAAUUCCUUGAAUUUUUCAUUGAAGUUCCACUUUUAACUAAGUAAAAUUGUAACACGAUACCCUUAGUUUCAAUCGAAUAUAAUUUAGCUGUUCUUUUCCAUCAUCCUGUUCUUGACAGCCUGUUAAUGAACAUUCUGACCUGUUGAUGCACCGGAGUAAUGCAAUGUUAACGGUCAAGUGUAAUCAUAUUUACAAAUAACAAAAGAUUUUCUCUAAAAAUAAUGCUUUAAUGAUUUUAGAAAGGACACACUGUAAAUAACUGGAGCUGUUUCUCGGCUUCCCCGAAGCUUGUAGAAGUAAAGCAGAUAGCCAUAUGUGCAGAACAAUGAGACAUUCAAGCAGAGCUCACUUCCUAAACAUGCAUCCUGUGUUUGGGUGAAGAACGCUAGUGGAAGGCAGUACAGACAGAAAGACAUGGCGGCAGAAGGAGGGGCAGGAAUCCUGCUUCCCUCAGGCUUGCCAGACGGGAAACUUGAGAGAGGGGAGAAAGGUUACAGGUGUUUCCAGAGCUCAUAACUAUUGUAGUAGAUUUUUUGUUCAGAGUUAAGUGGAACACAACAAAUAAUUUAAUGAAUUCUAAUGAAGUCUCAUGAAUGGUUGGAAUUUGUCUCUCUUUCCAGGUUUUUUUUUUACCCUGUUGGUAUAUAAGGGUAUGAACAUGGAGAUGCACAGGAAAUCCAUUCAUGGAAAGCUUAGCAUGGUUUGAAAAACUAUGUUGAAGCAGGAAAUGUUUAUUCACGUAAUCACUCUUUACUGGCUCAUGACUGAAAUAUUUGCCUCACUCUUUCCUAAUAAAACACUUCCUAAUAAAACACUUGACAAUAACAAUUUAUCAUAUCUGAAUGAUGACUUUCUCCUUUUUGUUUUUAGGUGCUUUGGAUCUCCAGGUGUGCAUUUGGACUAAGGAUUAUACAACUAUAUGUAAAGAACAAUACACUCAUUCCCUGUAGAGAUGUACAAGGAUGACAUGUACACAUUUCCCGUGAGAGGCUAAUUCUUCAUUUUGAGUCAGACUGUGAACGCUUGAGCCAGAAUGGCUGACCCCUCUAUGUUAGUGACAGAGGGAGUGAUGCCCACACUGGCGUCAACAGACAGCUGUGUUCUGGAGGUCAGGAAGAAGUACGAGGUCAUUCCUUCAGUAGCAUGCACCAUGUGCUUUAUACUCGGGAUUGUCUACUGCUUCUGUGGGUACCGCUGUUUUAAAUUGGUGAUGUUCCUGUCUGGGCUGGCAUUCGGGACUGGCAUAGGCUACCUGCUAUGUCUCCGGGAGCAGCUGAUGGACUCGCCGCUGGACCCGGAGACACGGGCAGGCAUCUCUCUAGGUAUUGGCUUACUGGGAGGACUGGUGAGCAUACUGGUGCGCUGUGUGGGUCUGUUCCUCACUGGUCUCCACCUGGGCCUGCUGCUCUCCAUCACCGCUCUGCUGACAGCAGGACAGUAUUACCCCAUCCUCAGUCCUGUAUGGGUGCCUGCAGGAACAGUGCUUGGAACUGGCAUAUUCUUCGCUGUGCUCACACUCUGCUGGCAGAGAAGCAUGACCAUGGUGGCUACGGCAACGCUGGGUGCUGCCAUCAUCAUGACAUGUAUGGAUUACUGCAUGGAGACACCAAUGAUGGCGUGGAGGGCAUAUGUGGGGCUGCAGAAGGACCAAGAAAGGGUGCUGUGCUGGUACAGCUGGGUGAUGUUGGGCAUCUGGCCUGGGAUAGCAGCUCUGGGAAACCUGGUGCAGCGUAAAUUCACUGCCAAAGGAAUGUCACACUCUGAAGUGAUAGUGAGUGGUAAACAGAAGCAACUCCAGCUGAUGAAGAUCAGACAGGUGGAUGCACGCCGGCGUCCAGAGGGAAAAUAUUGCCGCAGACCUCCACUUCUCAAACGAUACGCAGGAGAUGUGCUCGCUCCGAGCUACCUGGCCAACCUGCGUGAGAGGCAGAUGAGCACGGGCUCGUCUGUGAGCAGUCUGAGUACUGUCUACCACACCAUGAUCGACUUUGACUUUGAGACUGGAUCCAUGGUGCCUCUCACAACCUCCUCACCUGCAGCGAUCAGGAUGUGAAUGAACUCAGAAACCUGCAUGCACGCACACGUGUGUACACACACACACACACACGCUUGGGAAGAGAGUUCAAUAGAGCUCAGUGCCGGCUGAGGUAAACAGACUGGAUGAGUGCUCCAGAGAGAGUUUGUGUUGACAACAUGGACUCUGAGUUGACUAAUAAAAAGUCUGUGGAGUUUACUGAACACUGGAUCUUCUCAGGACUUCAGGGUGCAUGACUACAAAUAAAACCACAAAUACUCUAAAACUCUAACUCAAUACUUUAAGACAACCCUUUUAGCAAUAAGUAAUAGGAAGGCACUAAUUUGUAUUCAGCUUUAAAUGUCAGAUAUGAAACAAAACAAUUCUGACCAAUCCUGCCUGCUCCCACAGUUAUUUUUGGUUGUAUGUACCCACAGUGUUCUCUAAUGAACUUAAUUGGUUAUAUUUCCACAAAAUAUAAAUAAGUUAGUGGUUUAGACCACGGCAAGCAUGGCCAGGAUAAACAGUAACUAAAGAGGAAUGAAUGAACGAAUGAAUGAAUGCAGUAAACAUGUAGUCUAAUGCCUCACAAGCAUGACUCUACAUCCAUUACGUUCCUCUGUUAAUCGACGUGGCCUUUCUUUGUCCCGCAAGCUUCAUAUCUGACUUCCUGCUCCCACCUGCAUGAGAGUAAAAACCACCCACUCCCACAAUUUUUAGUCGGGCAUGUCGGAUCCCGGCACACCACGAAGGAUGCUUUCACACCCAUUAGUCUAUCUGCUGAGUCCAAAUCAAGGCAAAAGUUAUACUGUUGGUUCACGUGCUGUUUGGUUUGGUUUCAAAAUGCACAUAUUUAAACAAUUUUUUUUUUUAGAAAAAGACGACGCUGAGGGACAUGUAGGGCUGAAAAUGGAAAAAUAUACGGAUUAAACACUGCAUUAAGGUGAAAGCACCCUAAUCCUAGGAUUUUACUACACAUUCACUAUCAAACAGCACACAUUAUAUCUCUGACCUCAGCUGUGGAUAAGGUGCUUUAUGAUCGCAUUUAUUUGCUCUCUCGCUCUCUUGGGAACUGGUUACAUUUACACAACUGCCUUCCCUAAGGAUUGUAUUGCUGUACAGUAUGUACUACAUUAGAACAAUUUGUUUGCCACACAAAUAAAACCGUGCUAUUCAUAUAUCAGC